AUGUCACACAGUCCAGACUCCCAGAGGACCUCAGGAGAGAGGAGCAGUAGCCAUGUCAGUCAAGUGCCAUUUACCAGUGAGCUCACUAAAAUGGUGACUAAAAGCAGUCCUCGUUUUGGCACCCUGAGUCACCACUCAUUCUUCUCUCGGCACAACCCUCAUCCUCACAGAGUGACUCAUAUUCAAGGGCUAAAUGGGAGGCCAGUGUGCAUGGUGAGAGAUGAUUGGUCUGUCACCACAUCAUUAUUUCCUCAUCCACUUAUUAAGAGCCAGUCAUUCAGGACAGCAAUGGGUGCACCUUUUGCUCUUCCACUUUAUGGGGUCAAUGGUAACCAAAACAAAUCAGCAGCACUUUUGUCAGACGCCUGGAGGGAGGAGCUCAAAGAGCUGGCUGCCAAAGUCAGUUUGUCCUCUCAAGCAAAAAAGGACAAAAAAGAUGACCCACCAGAGGAGGGGUUUGGCCGCAGAAAGACCCAGUACUCAGCUCAGACUGGGAGAAUCAUCCCUCCAUCCAGCAAGGCUUACCAGCGCAGAUCCUACUCUCAGCGCCUGGCUUACCCUCAGCCCUUCCAUGACCAAGAACUGAUGGUGUUGGAGCUUCUUUGUCAGAUUCUGCAGACGGACUCCUUAUCUCUAGUGCAGCAGUGGCUUCUGCUCGCAGGCCAGAGAGAGAAGGAUCUGGUGAUGGGACUGAUCCAACAGGCUUUGGAGAAUAUUGGAGGCCAUCAGGGGAGCUUUCAGCAUAGAGGAUUGGAGAUGCAGAGGUCCUUGAAGUCCACGCUGGAACUCGGCAUUAUCCUCAAGAUGAUCCACUCCAGCACGUUGAGAGCAAUGUUCAUGCUGUACCUCUGCGGACCCCCUAGGGGUCGCAGACCCCGUGUUGAAGACCUCUGA